UAAUCCUAGAAUGUGAACUAACCAGAAGUCCCCCAUUCACACGUCGCCUGCGUGACGUCACUCUUGACGAUCCUAAGGUUACAGCGGUGCCAGCUCCUGUGGGCGGCGCCGGACGCGUAACCCCGCCCCGCUGUGGACCGCAGCCAGCAGCACUUGCAGCAACCUGUCAAACAACCCGUCCGACAGGAAGGCGAUUCCACCUGCUGAGCGACUGGAUCUCCAGCAGCCGUCCGGGAUCAACGGCGCCGGGACGACGACCUGCGGACUGCGCGCGGCCGUGCGGACAUGUGAAGUUUCCCCCUCAGGCAGUGAGUUGACUCAUCUCGAUCCUUGUCGCCUUCGGACGCGACCUUUCACCGCGGACAGGAGAGGACGAGGCAGUCCGUUCAGUGUGGCUGUACAGAACACAGCGCUGUGCCACGAAGUUAGAGGUGAGAACGAGCGGGACGGAGCCUGAAAUGGAGGCCGAGGAGCGAAAGGCGAGCGAGGACGAGGAGCCCAGAGCUUGCGGCGUGUGCGGAGACUUGGCCAAGGGUUAUCACUUCAACGCACUGACGUGUGAAGGCUGCAAGGGCUUCUUCAGGCGCGCCAUCAAGAGGACAAAGCAGCUCCGCUGUCCUUUCCUGAACAGAUGCACCGUCACCAAGAGCAACCGGCGGGCGUGCCAGGCCUGCCGCUUCCGCAAGUGCCAGGCCGUGGGCAUGCGCAGAGAGAUGGUCAUGUCUGAGGAGGAGGUUCUGGAGCGGAGGCGCCGCAUCAAGAGGAAGAGGCUGAGCGACGCCCCGGCCGAGCUGUCGCCGCAGCAGGAGGAGGCCAUCGAGGAGCUCCUGCGUGGCCACCGCAGCACGUUUGACUCAGCGUUUUCCCGCUUCAGUGGCUUCAGGCCGAUGGACAGAGUCAUCCUUUCUGUGCACGAGAGCAGCCAGAAGCCACACGUUCCCUCUAGCCCAGCGACAAACAGCUGCACAACGACGACUGAACCCGACACUGACCCCAGAAUGCGCCAGUCGCCCGCCGUCUCCUCCUCAUCCUUCGGUUUUUACGGUGUCUUCAAAAAACAAGAGUCCGUCCAGGAGAGAGACAUUAGUAAAAGCAGUGUUUUCACCGCUCUUCCUCAUAUAAUGGACCUCACAACCUACAUGAUCCAGGACAUCAUUAAUUUCUCCAAAAGCCUUCGGACCUUUCGGGCUCUAACAAUGGGGGACCAGAUCUCACUGUUGAAGGGAGCCACAUUUGAAAUAAUGCAGAUUCGCUUCAACAUGGUGUUCAACACAAAGACGAGCAUCUGGGAGUGCGGCCACAUCGCAUACUGCAUAGAUGAUGCUGUGAGAGCUGGUUUCCAGCAGCUUCUGCUGGAGCCUCUCUUCAAAUUUCACCACACGCUGCGCAAACUGGGGCUGCAGGAGGAAGAAUAUGUCCUCGUUCAGGCCUUGACCCUGUUUUCUCCAGAUCGCCCAGGUGUGCAGCAUCGCGACGUGGUUGAUGAACUCCAGGAGAACCUGGCGCUGACUCUAAAAGCCUGGAUCGACUGCAAAAGAACAGACCCAGACAAACACUUGCUGUUCCCAAGACUGAUCGCAUGUCUGACCGAGAUGAGAACAAUGACGGAGGAGUACAGUAAACAGGUUCUGCAGAUUCAGGACCUGCAGCCUGAGGACAUCUCUCCUCUGAUUAUGGAGGUGGUCAGUAAAAGCCCCUGUAGUGACGUCUGAGGCUCACGUCACACUGGCCAUGCACUCUGGGACCACCGUAAAUAGGACACAAGUAGCUGAAUGUGCUCAUGAACAUAAAAGAAUUUUUCAGUUGCUGUUGUUCUGUCAAAACAAUGAAGAAUUCCAUGUAAUUGAAACCAGCAAAGACUUUGUAGUGCAGCUGAAAUGUAAUCUGUCCUCUGUCCUUUGCGCACACCUGCAAAUCAAUAAGGCAGCAUUACAGUGGGGUUUACAAGCGUGUUUCACUGGCUGGUUACACGUGUGGUCCAUUAUUUGCUUACAUUAAGUAUAUAUUGUUUGUUUGUGAAUGAAUGUUGACUCAAAGUUUAUGAAGCUUUUAAUGUUACACCUCUCAGACACUAAAAUGUUCCAUGUUUUGUCCAAGAACAGUCGUUGCAGCCUUACUGUGCAUUACCUCAAACUGUUGUUGGUGUCGUGUGUUCAUGUCAACAUGAAAAACAAGAAUGCUCCACGUGUAUUUUUAAUAAAAUGCCACAAAAGGUGCAGAGUGAACGGGACUACGUUGGUAGUGGAUUCAUAACAAGCCAAACAGCGCCUCCCUGUGGUGAUAAGUGCAAAUAAAUGUGAAUGGUGUUAAAAAACUAAACUUGUU